AUGAUUACUGGCCCCGCAUUCGAGAACAUCUCGUGGAGGACAUAUAUUAUUUUCGCCGUCCUGAAUGCGGCUAUCAUUCCGCCCGUGUAUUUCUUCUUUCCAGAAACCGCUGGGCGCUCCCUAGAAGACAUGGAUGUUAUAUUUGCGUUGGCGCAUCGGGAGGGUGUUUCGCCUGUCUCUGUUUCGUUGCGCCGAGACGUCCCAAUGGCUGGAUCCCCUGAGGCAAAUAUGAUCCUCGGUCACGACGAGGAUUUAAACGCCUGA